AUGGCGAGCCACUCCGCAGGAGACAAGGUGUCUCCAGCGAGAGAUAUGGACACCGUCCACCUUCAGCGACCUUCAGAUCUCAGGCAAGCAUGGCUUGAGAGUCGACAUCGGGCGAAAACCGACAAGUCAAGUUGGGACUACAUUAUCACGAGUGGGAUCGUCGGCGGCAUUGCUGGCUGUGUGGCCAAGACGGCAAUCGCUCCACUGGAUCGGGUCAAGAUCUUGUUUCAAACCUCGAACUCCGACUUUCGGAAAUAUGCAGGUACGGCUGACAUGAGCGAGAACACUACUUACAACAGGCACGCCUGCUGGUUUGAUCCAUGCUAUGGGCAAGAUAUACCGGACGACGGGGUUUUGGGCCUGUUUCAAGGGCACUCGGCAACAUUGCUUCGAGUGUUCCCUUAUGCCGGUAUCAAGUUCAUGUUCUACGACUGGAUUGAAAAGCGGACACCAGGCCGAUUUUUCCUGGCAGGAGCAACGUCCGGUGUUGCUGCCGUGAUGCUGACCUACCCCAUGGAGCUCGUAAGAGUGCGCAUGGCUUACCAAACAUCGGGCACGGAGCGACCGACGUUGCGCCAUGCCGUUCGUUCGAUAUACGAGGAGGCUCGAGGGAACCCGGGCGUGUCGCCAUUUACCCGUGCUCUGCCGUUCUACCCAUUUUAUCGCGGAUUCUCGGUCACAUUGCUGGGGAUGAUCCCUUACGCGGGCGUGUCCUUCUUGACGUACGGCACCCUCAAGACGCAUUUGCCGAAAUAUGUACCGUACCUCCGCGCUCGACCAACCCAGCGGGACCUGUUGUGCGGAGCAGUGGCAGGCCUCAUCAGCCAGACGUGCAGUUACCCCUUCGAGGUCGUACGUCGCCGGAUGCAGGUAGGAGGCGCCCGCGGCGGUCCCGGUAUCAACUGGAGACAGGCUGUUGGCUCAAUCUACAAAGCCAGCGGAUGGCGAGGCUUCUUUGUGGGCUUGAGCAUUGGCUACAUCAAGGUCAUCCCCAUGACCAGCAUCUCGUUUGCUACCUGGCAGUUCCUCAAGAGACUUUUGGUUCUCCCUUGA